GUUGGACAUCCCCCGAGGGGUCCCAGAUUGGAGAGGGUGCAGGCUGGGCUGAGGGACACCCCUCCCCCAUGCACGACUUUUGUACAACAGGCCACUAGUAGAUUAUAAAUUCAGUCAACAGUAGUGAAAAAGAGCACAAUUAGAUAAUUCUAUCUUGUAUCUAAUAGUGGAUCCUAUUCUGUGUCCAAUACUAUGCUAAGAGCAGCAGCUAUGACUCCUGAGCCCCAGAAACCUGUUACCAUCACAAGGCUCUUUAUCACAGAGGAAACUGCCAUACAGCUCUCUGCUGAUGUGCCAGAGAACAAACUAAUAUUGACCAAUGUGAUGUGAGGAGGGGGAGGAAAGGUUUAUUCAAAACACAUAUUUUGCAUGGAGAAGAGAGGACUCAGAACCACUUAUUCUGUAUUGCUUAGACAAAACCCACAUCAAGGAGUAAAACAUACCUAGACUUGCUGCAGGAAGAAUGCUCUGGUACUAGAGAUGCUUGUAAGUGUGAUACGCCUCCUGGUGCACUAAUGAGUGUCAAGACUAAUGAGUGCAUGAGCCAUCACCACCCAGAUUUUUGGUGGGACCUAGGGAUCCAGUCAUGGUUUUUCUGAAGAUCCUUUGAACUCUGUUUCUAUUAGUUGGACAAGGAUUAAGUUUGCUGUGCAAAUAACAUUUGUUAGAAAUUAUCAGUGUGUUCUGUACCUGUAUACCUUCCAUUUCUUAUAUUAAAGGUCAGCUUGAAGAUCUAAUUCUCUUAGGGACCAAAUUAUUUGCUCUCUUUUGAGCCCUGUCACAAAACUCAUUCCUUACCCUUCCUUAAAUAAUUCCCACUACUUGCCUUUCCUCUGGUCUGAAAUUCCACCAUCAGGCUUAACAUCUUUUUAUGUUUUCAAAAGUCUUACUCUGAGAGGAUGGUUCUCCUGAGAAGUUAAUUUCAUUCAAUUUUUCUAAAAAGACGAAUUAACUUUGCCCACAUACAACAAGUUCCAACUCCAAUCAGUUACUAGCGGCUGUCCUGUGGCAUUGUGCUGUGAAUGAUUUUAAGGCUGAGUGUAGGUUCAGAGAGAAAGAAUGCAAUCAUCAAUUAGUAAUGCCAUCUCUAGAGUAAUAGAGCCAUUUCUGAUAGUUCCCAGAGGUUUAGAGUAAGAUCUCAAGGGAAUGGCUCUAAGGAUGCACAACAAAAGAAAUGUUGAGCAUUGGGACUAUUUAGAGAACCCUGAAAAUGAUGAUGGAAACCUGCCAGACACUUCCAUUCGCUGACCCUGGCUUUCUAUCACACGUGGCCAUCAGUAUUCUUUACAUUAGCCAAUGUGUCCCAAUUUUAAAUAAUGACAGUUUUGCUUUGCUUUUCAAACAAAUAUCUCUCUCAGUUGUGAUAUAUUUUGCCUAGAAGCCCAGAAAUGAGAAUACGUGUGUAGUAGAAUCAAGCAAUGGACUGCCAGCCUUAGAGAUGGCCUUCCCUCCAUCUCUGGUCCAAACCCUCCCUCUGUAGAUGAGGAAACUGAGGACAGGAAUCUCAGCGAUCUCUCAUUUCCAAAAAUUGUGGACUUUACAUUCGUUUUAGAAUUUUUAUUUAAUCAGUGUUUCCUUCCAUAGACCCAAGAAUUAAAUGACAGGCAAGCAGACAGCAGCUGAGGAAUGCUGGGACCUCAGCUGUUGAUACUAGCUCUUGGCUGGUAUAGGCUCUGAAGUCAGACAAGCCUUAAUCUCUACCUGUGAAUGCAUGAGCAAAUACUAUGACCCUGAGUCUUAAUUCCUUAUUCAAGAAAGAGUAUUGCUAGUAUAUGGUAAUAUAAAGUGCCAGACUCACAGUAAGCAUUCAGUCAAUUCAAUCCCAUUCCCUUGUGCUUUCUCCAAAGGCUUGUGCUCUCUACUUUUCUCAGGGGCUUGAAAAGGUGUCUAGCACUGGAACUGGGGCCUUAACCGUUUAUUUGAAUUGGGGGUAGUUCAUAUUUAUCUUCUCCCCUCACUUUAGAACUUUGACCUUGUCAGCAGACAUUUCUAGGAAAAGAGAUGUUUAACCAAAGUGUUAUUGAUUACUUCAUUGCAAGGCCUACAUGGUGUAAUCUUGAAAAAACAAGUACAUUGACAUAACUCAUUUUAAAAUCCAGUAUUCGUUAAUGAAUGGCUAUCCAUCAACAUUUCAUCAUUGCUAUGAAUUCUUCAACUUGAUCAGUGUCAUAGUGGCCUGGAAAAAUAUUCACCAGAAAAAGUUUAAUUAUUAAUAUUAACUAAUUAAAAAGACUAUAAGGGGACUCUUCAGUUCCCUCCAAUGAUAGAGUACCUUCCAUAAAAGUUUGUCUGACAAAAUGAAGACUGUUAGAUUCAUAUAUUUUCUUGCUUUCUUCAGCUACAUUAAAGGUCAAACUCUUCAGAGAAGUUUACUAGAUGCAGCCAUGCAGCACUCUAAUAGCCAGAAUUAUCUGGAGGAGAACUUAAGAGACAUCAUUAGCAUUAUGGUUGCUCAGUUUCUUCAGAAAUCCACUUAUGAAGAAGUACAAACCAUAGUUGAAGAGUUACUAGAUUUUGCAGAGAAAUGCAAGAGCCUCAAGCUACAUGAGUCACCUUUAGAAUGCUCUUACCAGUUGAUGACCACCUUCUUAGAGUAUAUAUGUAAUAACCAAGGAAUGGUUGACAAACAUGUAUUUUCUGACUGUUGCAAUGUAAAUAACACAGCAAGACAUAAGUGCUUCCUAUUAAAUAAAAAAGAUGAUGCAAAUUACAGCGAAAUGUUGCAAAUUCCAAAUCUUGAGCAGAUCUGUGAGGUGAACAAAGGGAAUCAAGUGUUAGUGAAGAAGAGGUACAUUUAUGAAACUUCUAGAAAGCAUCCAUUCUUAUAUGGACCCACUAUUCUGACCAUGUCUGCUUGCUAUGAAACAGCUGUUCAGUCAUGUUGCCAAGAAGAUAAUAAGAUUGAAUGCCUCCAGAUAAAGCUACAACCCAUCAGAAAAUACAUUAGAGAAAUAUCUUUGAGGCAUCAUCAUUUAUGUGAAAUUGAGACUAAAUUCAACCACAAAGUAGCUAAAGCAGUGGAAUUGGUUCUGUUGACUAAAAAACAACCUAAAGCUAACUUUUCUGAAAUUGCCAAACUGGCUGCUGAUAUUAAAAAUCUUCAUCAGACCUGUUGUGAAGGAAAUGCAGUAGCAUGUGUAUUUGGCAGGAGCCAGCUUAUGAACUAUACCUGCUCUACACAGGCUCUCCUAUCCAGCAAGAUCACUCCAUGCUGUGCACUGCCAGUGCCAUUCAGAGGGGAAUGCAUUAUCAACUCUGAAAAUGACAAUAAACCUCAUCUCUCAUCCCUGCCACUCAGCAGGUUUACAGAAGCUCGAUUUGUAUGCAAACAAUUCACUGACAAGCAGGAUGAUUUUCUACAAGAGUUUCUUUAUGAAUAUUCAAGAAGACAUCCAGAGUUGGCAGUUCCAGUGAUUUUAAGAGUGGAUUCAGUGUAUCAAAAGUUAUUGGAAAAAUGCUGUAAAUUAGAAAAUCCUCUGGAAUGCUAUAGCCAUGGGAAAGCGAUGUUCCAACGAGUGGUUCAUGAAAGCCACGAGCACGUUAAAAAUCAUUGUGAUUUACGUGAGAAAUUAGGAGAUAGUAACUUCCACGACAGGCUCCUGGUCCAUUAUACUAAGAAAGCCCCACAACUAUCUGCUCAAGAGUUGGUUAUGUUCACAAAGAACAUGGCGGCUGCCACCACCAAAUGUUGCCCUCUGAGUGAUGAACAGCAGUUUGUCUGCAUGGAGGACGCGGCUAAGCUAAUUCUUGGAGCUUUAUGCAGAAGACAUGAGACACAGCCUAUCAAUGCUGGUGUGGGUCACUGUUGUGAUGAUUCCUAUGCCUUCAGAAAGCUAUGCUUUGAUGAUCUGCACAUUGAUGGAACCUAUAUUUCUCCACUUUUAUCCUGUGACCAAAUAAUCAGCCUUAAAGAGGACUUAUGCAAAGCUCAAGAGGAGGAAAUCCAAAUUGAAAAGCAAAAGCUCCUCAGCAACCUUGUGAAACAGAGACCAUAUGCAACAGAGAUGCAGUUCAAACCAAUUAUUGUGGAUUUUACUCAGCUGGUAAAGAUGUGCUGCCAAGCAGAAAAACGUGAAACAUGUUUCCAAGAAGAGGAGUCCAAACUGAUAGAAAAGUGCCAGUCUCUCUUGGGAGGCUAAAUGAUUCCAGAAAUAUCAGUGUAGGAUGAUUGCUGAGAUCUGCAUUUUGCUCUUCACGAAUAAUGA